CCUUCCGCAGCAACGCUUCUCUUGCUAGAAAUAACCAUUUCCCAUCUUCAUAAUGGCUCGUCAUCAAAUGAUGCCCAGUAUCGAGUGUCAAACGCCGAUAGUCGCCAGAAAACACCUGGCACCCGAAGCCAAAGGGAAACAAGCUAAGCGAGUUAAGAGAGAACCACAGAAACAGCAACCGAAGUACUACCGCAGGAGCGUGCGGCUAAGCAAUAAAAAAGCCCUUACAACUGACUCUCCCACCCGCAUCCACAACCGAGAACAGAAUACAAAACCGAAUGAUAAACGGCCCUGUGAAGAUCAAGCGCGCUCCUCCCCAAAGCGACCCCGCUCGUCUACGAGCUUAGCCAUUGAAUAUCCUUUUGUAGAAGAGCAGCGUGAUAUUGCCAACUGGAAGAAGGUUGACCUGAUCGGAUAUUGGUGCAAGAACGAUCGCUGGCCUAUAGAAUAUUUUGAAGCACAACCUGGACAGAUUGAAAAUAUGAGCCACCUUCUUGCAAAGAAAAAAUCAACGGCUUCUCUUCGCCGCAAGAACUCAAAUUCAAGUCUUGUUACAGGCUCCAACACUCCUACUGAUCAAGAGUCAAGAGACGGAAAGAGUGCAAGUACAGAAGAUAUAUCUCGAGUAAUUGUGCCUUCGGCAGAAUCUCUCGCAGUUGACGGAGCCAAGACCCUUAAACACUUGGUUGAAAGCGUCAAUGAACAGUGGAGCUCCUCCAUUGCUUUCUGUGGACCACGUCCUCAGCCCGAUUAUGCGGUCGGGUUCGGCCGUUCUGCGUUCACAGAAGACCAACUAAAGACGUUCGAGCCUUUCCUCGGCUAUGACCCGGAUACCUACAGCUCUUACUUCCUAGCCACCUUCUAUAUGUACUUUCCUUUCCUGACCAGCGAGGUCAAGGGUACCGCCGCCCUCGACAUCGCUGAUCGACAGAACGCACACAGCAUGACCCUCUCUGUGAGGGGCGUCGUUGAGCUGUUUAAACUUGUGGGACGCGAAGAGGAGGCCAAUCGCGAGAUCUUGGCGUUCUCGAUCUCGCACGACCACAGGACAGUGAGAAUGUACGGCCACUAUGCAGUCAUCGAAGGGGACAAGACAUCUUUCUACCGUCACCCAAUCAAAACAUUUGACUUUACCAGCGAGGAGGGAAAGGAUAAGUGGAGUGCAUACACGUUUACUAAGAAUGUUUAUGAUAUAUGGAUGCCAGACCACCUGAAAAGGAUCCGGUCUGCCAUUGAUGAGAUCCCUCGUGGACUUUGUAGGCUCAGCAGAAGUUACACCCAAUACUUCCUUCACCCAACAGACGCAGCAGGCAUUGAAGCGACCAAGGAGGCAGAAAUAGCGUGCAUCAACAUAGGUGGUUAAGACAAGACUUAAUUAUUAUCAUUUGGAUUAUUCUACAUGUGUUAUGUCAACUAAAUCCAGAAUAUCUUUCCGUAAACUCAUAAGCUGGUUGUUAGACUGCGGGGCAGCACAUCCGAUGAUAGCCUAUUAUGACGCUGCGCACCACCAGUAAUGAUAAAAAGUUUUCGCCCAUUCACACCAGUCCAAUCGCAGCCAGGUGGGGGCCACAUCCCACAUCAUGCCUGCGUGCCUGGGCAGAUAUUGGAUACAUGCUUCUCUUGGCUAGCGGAGUCAUGUGAUCGCUCCUUUUCAUCGUAUUCACGAAACGAUGCCACGCUUUCGAUCGCGGGCCAAAAAGCGGGAUGCUCGUUGGAAAUAUCCAAGGAGGCCCUGCGCCAAGAGGGCGAAUGCCAAAGUUUCAUCAUAGGGCUUUCGGGCUGCGGUUUAUAUUUUUUCCUUUGUGUUGGGGAACCUACCAAAAACAGCUCACACAGCGCCAGCAUCCUUCACUAGAAUUCCACAAGUUUCUUUGGCUGUGUACUGUAAACGCCGUCCUUUCUCUCUCUGCUCUGUGAUCUCGUCUGUUCUGCCACCUUGUAGUCCUCUGCCCAACUAUAGUACUUUGUGGGAUUUUACUCUUUGUAAUUUGGGUGGCCGGCCGUUGCAUAAUGAAGCAUUUGAUCAGAAUAUCGGAGUAACAGGCGGUUUUAUGUCGUAUUUAUUGUGGAAGGUGUAAAGCUUGUGAGAAGUUAUAUGUGUAGCGUCCGCCCCAGUGGCGUUGCCAUAGCGACCGCUCCGCCUACACGUGAUCUCAUAUGUAAUAUAUAUAUAGCUAGCUCUUCUCACACGAAUACAACAGAUUAACCAUUCCACAGGUUAUAGCCCGGAUAGCACGUUUUUACAAAGAAUUACAUUAUUUUUAUUUUUUUUACUUUUGUUUAAAAACACCUGUGUAAGUAUUGAAUGUGUUCACUCUGAAUAGAAGAAUUCUUUUACUACAUUUAUUUUUAUAAUAAGCUGUGUGACUGUGU